AUGUUUUCAUCAGAUAGGAUUACGGACUACUACGCGAAGAUUCAGUCGACUGUGUGCUCUUUGUCAUAUAAGGUUCAGCCUGACAACACCUUGAAGCAAGGUUAUGUUCUGUCAUGGCCUGUGACGAACGUUUGUCCUGAGCCCGUUACGGAGCCUGAGGCAUACAAGGAGACUGCUACCGCUCGAUUGACCUCUCUUGUGGGACCAGGAUCAACAGUCAGUGAAGUCAAACCUCGUACUCCAUCCAGCACGUUGGUAUUCCCCUUGGCGCAAUAUACGCCUCUGUUCACCCCUGAGAACUACUCCACAGAACACGCUGGGGUGUGCGCAACGCUCGAUGUCCUGAAGGAUCCAUCAUUCAAGGGUGGUUCGUGGGCGUUCACUGCAGGAUACUUCAACAUCCAUCCAGACUACCGUAACCGACUCCUGAACACCGCAGCCCCGGGUACGAUUAUCACUGCAAGCCAGCAAGCGAAUGGAUUCUACAAGUCAGGUUGGCCUUCUGGGAUGUUGCCUCCUGCGUACACGUUGCUGAGCAAGAGGUUCUUAAGGGAUGCUAUUGCGAAUGGGAAGGGUGAUCUUAUCGCUUUGGAGGAGUGGAGGAGAGGGACAGUUGGCGAGCCUGAUGGGUGGACAUACCACGCCAAGGGUCUUUGGGUCACCCCACCAGAGUCGGCUGGUCCGGCUAUCACCUUGAUUGGGUCGACCAACUU